AUGUUUACAGGGUUGGUAGAAACUAUAGGGACGGUAUUAGAAUAUGUUCCCAAUGAUACCACCUCUUCGGGAGGAAAUGGUGUAUCCAUAACUAUUGGAGAUUGUUCUUCGAUUUUGGUUGAUGUGCAUUUAGGUGAUUCCAUAUCUACUAAUGGGGUAUGUUUGACUGUAACCGAGUUUGAUGAAUCCCGUACUCAGUUCAAAGUUGGGGUUGCACCAGAAACCCUCCGUCGAACGAAUUUAGGUGAUUUAAAGGUGGGUUCUAAAGUGAAUUUGGAACGAGCAGUGACAAGUGAUGUAAGAUUAGGAGGACAUGUUGUUCAAGGGCACGUUGAUACAAUUGCCACUAUUGUUGGUAGAGUCCCCGAUGGGAAUGCGAUUACAUUUACUUUUAGAUUAAGAGAUACGGAAUUCAUCAAUUAUAUUGUUCAUAAAGGAUUCAUCGCCAUUGAUGGUACUUCUUUGACUAUUACCAAUGUUGAUCAUUCUAAAGCAGAAUUCUCGAUUAUGUUGAUUAGUUAUAGUCAAGAAAAGGUUAUCUUAAGUCAAAAGAAUAUUAAUGAUACUGUGAAUAUUGAAGUUGAUUUAAUGGGGAAAUUAAUUGCUAAACAAAUCGAAGUCAAUUUAAGUAACCAAAUUGAUAAUAAAGAUAGUCAAUUAAAUAGAUUAAUUACUGCAUUGGUUGAAAAGAAAGUAAGUGAAUUAAUUAAAUAG